GCAGAAUGUGGUCGCUUCCCGCCGCUUUUAAUUUAUUUGGAACCCAAGGUCCGAAUUUGUCCAUGUUCUUUUGUCUUCUUGCACCAAACAAGUUCCCUCACGAAUACCUAGACGGCUAUACCUAGACGACCUCUGGUCAAAAUAUCUCUUCUCGCCGACGCUAUAUUCCCGUAGAACUUGAACACGUGAGAGUUUUGGUAUGCAGCUCAACAGCAGCACGGCCUCUGUCCUCGUACUCGUUGCUGGCAUGAGCAGUGUCGUGACACCUCACAGACUAGGCACCAUACCGGGCGGUCAUGGCUAGCAUCCCACCAAGGCGAGUAGCAGGCCCUGACGAACCGGACAACGACUUCUGCUUGCCCCGGCAUACAUCGAAGUUCUGUUCAUAUCAUCCGGCUCUUACCUAGCGAUUUCUCGUGCAUUCACUGACAUGCCCCCUCGGCCGCAGGUUUACCCGCCAAUCUGUAAUAUCCCCGACUACGACUGGGGCGCCGACGAACUCGUGGAUAGCGUGAUUGCGCAACUGCGAUCACGUGGCCGGAGCUGCCAGGCCAGUUCAGGACCGCGGGUGUGCACGCAGCUCGUCUGUGAGGACCCGGGAGUGGCCGUUUGGGAAAAAAUCUGGCCGCAGUGUAACGACCUGGACCACGAAUUGCAGAUUGACUGCGAGACGGUGGCCGACUAUGCGCAGGAUAUCAAGGACCGGUGCGACAACUCCCCGCUGACAGCGGCGUCGGAUACGCAAGGACAGGAGUUCGAUAUCGAGGGUUGGAGCGUGAUUGUCGGAGGGCACGACGGCUGUGCUGUGUGAGGGUGGCCUCGGGGUACUGUAGGGAUGUACAAAUUACGGGCUACCCAAGCGUCUGUGUUGGCGAUGGACGAGGUCUAAGCACGGGGCAAUACUAUGCGUACACUUGGCACUCGGCGGGUUCCUUCGGGUUCCUCCUUGCACAUCAACUCACCGACAUGUGUAAUUCAGGUCGACAGGCUCAAGCUACAGGCGGUAGGAUUGGUCAAGA